AUGGCCUUGCUGAGGCCCUCUCAAGGCCUUCUCAAUCUUUCGCGGAGUCUCCUCAGCAUCUUCCCAGAACACCUGCGCCCGGGCUGUUCACGUCAAUUAGCUUUAACCCCUUCUUGGGCUGUUCAGACCACAGUAGCAGAGAGCUGCAGCAACGGAUAUGCAAUGCCACGAGAUCCAGUAACGGUUGGCGUUGCAUCUGCCGGGAUGCCAACGAUCCUGGAAAGCAUAGCUAGCGGCUGCCUGGGUGGAAACUUAGACGAGAAGGCGUUAAGCAGCCUGCUCUCUCUGCCCAGUCCAGUCACUGCACUGAGCAUUUUGAACAAGGUUACCAGCAGUCAAGACGAGGUUCGAAAUGUCUCGGCCUUCGUCUCAACAGCUGUCAGGAAUGCGCAACCCACUCCCGGCAAGCAGGAGUUGGAGAGUGCUCUGGCCUUGAUGGAGCAGGCGCGGCAUCUAGACGAGAAGGCGAUCCGCGAGUUGCAGGGCAAGUCGGUGCAGGCAGCGUGCAAUGCCCUGGGAAUCCUCCUGCAGCAACAAGAGGGUUCCGUGCGGAAUCCAUCUGCGUACGUCUGCCGGAACUUGCAGAACGAUCGACGAGGCCCCGAAGACCUGCCUGCAGCCGGGGCACCGUAUCAAAUGUCCAUGGCGCCGCCGCGCUCUGCACCGCCUCCUCCACCGGUUGCGCAGCCAAACUUUGCAGCAGGAGGCAUGCUUCCUGUUGCACGGCCUCUAAUUGAGAUCUCACCUGGUGGCCUGGAAGCAUUAGACGAGCUUCUCGCGAAGUGGCGACCAGCCAUCGAUCAAAAGGCAUGGCAGUCCCUCAUGGCCUUGGACAGCCAUGCCGUAGAUAUCUUGCAGGAGCUCGAUCAGAAAGCGGAUCAAAUCCGAAGUCCUUCGGCCUACGUCCAGCGAGCUGUCGGGAAUGCUAAGGCGGGCCAUGCCCCCGGCAGACCGCGGACAGGCAUGCACCCGCCUCCUCCAGCGCCCAUGGGAUCUAUGAUCCCGGGAGCACCACCGCCUGUUAACCUUCCAUUUCAAGCAGGUGGCCAGGGCUUUGCACCUGUUGAAGACAGUCCAGAGGUUGGAAACCUCUUCAGCGACCAGGUGCAGGCAUGGAGCCCAUCUGCGUACUCUCGCUCGGCCAACGGAAACCAGGGCCAGGCCAACUUGAUCUCGGCACCCAACGAGGCUUUUUUCGGUUGUGAGAACGUGAUCAGCCUCCUGGACGACGAUGCCAAGAGGGCAUUGGACGCCCUGCCUGAAGAGCUCGGCAUGGUCUCUGCCAGCCUUGAUGAGAAGGCUCUGUCGGCCUUGCACGAGUUGCCGCCCGGCUCGGCCGUCCACAUUGUGCGCAACUUGAGGAAGCAAGAGGCGCAGGUCACCAAUGCCAGCGCCUGGGUUUGCAAGGCGGUUGGGAACAUGAAGCGUCCACCGCCGCCUUCAGCUGGUGCACCAGAGUUCGCAAAGCGGGCCAGGGUGUGA